AUGGAUAUUCGGGGCAACAUGUUCGGACUCUUGAUCGCACACCCACUUACACCAUUGGUAUCUCUCCACCACCUGGAUGUAACAGAUCCAAUCUUCCCCAACAUGACUACAAUCAAGGCCUUAGAACAUUUGGUUGAAGCUUCAAAAUUUGACCCCCAUAGGAUCUUACAACAAACAGUUUGUUAUGACCGAUGGUUCUCUUGGACAAUUUCUGUGUCAUGGGGGUAUGCCGUUCAAGUGUUUGAACACAAUGUGUUCUUGCCGGAGGCAGUUCGGGCCGAGGAAACUUUCCGGCCAUGGAAGAAGGGGAAUGCUAUUGACACAUUGUUGAAUUUGAACACAAGGAGGCAACACCCCGACCCGUGCCGGAGGCCAGCCGUGUUCUUCCUUGAUAAGGUGUCAUCUGGUAUAGAUGGGAUUAAGAGUGUUUACAAGAGAAUGAUCCCGGAAAAUUGCACCUUGGCCAUGGUUUCACCGAGGAGAGUCGAGGAGAUCAGAGUUUUCUCGCAGCAAUUGAACCUUGACACGAAACAGUUGCAAGCCCCAAGACGGCAUUGUUGCGAUGUACUGCCUUCAUCAACUGCAGAAGUGAUGGAAGUUGGCAUUAGAGAAUGUG